CGCACGCCCCAACACCGAAACCCCUCUCCAUCUGGCAGCUAUGAGAGGAAACAGUGAGCUGGUGGAAUUGCUUCUGUCCCAUCGUGCAAGUGUAGACUCCUUGGAUGAUGACAAUCGCACAGCCCUUCAUUAUGCUGCUGCCUCAGGCAAUGCUGAUUUGGUGGAGUUGCUGCUGUCCGCUGGUGCUGACCCUUCAUUACUUGACAACAUGGGCAACACACCCUUGCAUUAUGCUGUGGAUGUGAGUGGAAUGCCAGCUCAUGUUGUGCAGCAACUGGCUUCUGCUUACCCACCUGCUGUGGGGUUAACCAAUCGCAGCACAGAGACACCCCUUCACAUUGCUGUCCGUAAUGGCAGAUGUGAUGCAGAGAGUGUUCUGAAAGCAGCAUUAGAGUAUGGAACAAAGGAGGCCCUGAAUACUAAGACUUCCUUGGGUCACACUCCCUUGCACCUUGCUGUCCUUGAUCAUCGGAUUAACCUCCUUCGAAUCCUGCUCACAGCUGGUGCUGACAUAGACACAGAAGACCAUCUGGGGCAUACGCCUUUGGGGUCAGCAGGGAGGGAUGCCACCUGGGGUGCUGUUGUUCUUCUUCUUGCUGCUGGUGCUCGUACUAAGCGCCUCAUUCAUGGUGGCGUGAUUGAGAGUGAAGUACAGGAUUCGGGAAUACGAGCGCUACUUCACGACGCUAGGAGACAGCCCCCAAAACUGUCGAGUGUGUGUCGCCGAGCACUCACGCUUCACUUAGGACCUGCAUCUCUCUUGGCCCUGUCCAAAACCACUUUACCUACCACAUGGCGAGACUUUCUCACGUACAAGUCAGUCAACAUCUAGAUCUGCUGCUGUGCUCAUUUUACCCUCAGUUUUUCUGCAUUAGGAUUCCCAUUGUAACCAAUGUCAUCAGUUUAGUGCUGUAGAGAUUUUGCUAUCUAUGUGAAAUAUGUGUUUGAAGUAUCUGUCUCUACAACAUUAACUAAAUCAUACUAGAUUUAAUAUACAUGUUAAGGUAAUGAUAAGGUGUUUUUUAUGGAAUUUAAAACAAAAUAUUUUUGAAAUAUUAAUGUCUACUGUAAGCAUUUUAUUUAUUUAAUAAUUUAUGUUCAAAUAAUAAUACUCACUGCAUUGCAAUAUUUACCUCAAAGUGUAGUGUCAAAGACUUAGAAAAUGGACAUUUCUUUUUAUGUUUCUCAUUAGUGCAAGAAUCUGUCAUUGUUUUAUACCUUUAGCAAUAAUGAAACUGGAGAUGGGUAGAUAAAGAGGGGAUAUGUGCAGUUUGAUUUUCAUGGCAGUAUUGAUACUGUAACAUUGAUUUUCUCAGCACAAAUGUAGUGUAUAAGUUGUAAUACAUUCAAUAUUAAUAAUGGGUGAUGGAUGUUAAAUUAUUUUCGUUUACUACUGGCUGAAAUUAAGUCAUCUUAAUUUGUCAAGAUCUGCCUCCAAUUUAGAAUUUCUAGAAAUAUGAACUCUGAUAUUUGAAUAUAAGUGAUCUGUUCAGAACACAAACCUGUGCUCAGCUUUUUAAGAUCUGUCUUAUGCAGUGGAUAUUACAAGUCUGUCCAUUAUAUGUAAGUUGAUUUAUGAACUAGAAUAUUUAAGGAUUUGCCCUGUGAUUUACAUGGUACCAAAAUAUAAUUUUGUUCCAUGCUAUUUAAUUAAUAAUGUAAGUAUCUUGCAGCUAGAUGGUUUUGCAAAAUGUCCCAUUGACUGUAAAAAAAAAAGUAUGCAUUAAAACAUUUCUUAAACAAUUAUAGAAUGUUAGUAAUUUUGGAGCAGUCCCACAUUAAAUUGUAUCCAAAAGUAAUUGAUCUUGAGACCUUUGUACACAUGAACUCUAUCUUGGAAUUCUUGUGCUUUCAGUUGAUGUUAUGAGAUGAAAAGAUCUGUAAACUUCAGGGCAUUAUUCUCUGUACUUUGUGAUCGACUGAGAGUUGUGAUAUUAUUGAUGCUGAAGGAAGGCAUUGUUGUUGUGCAUGUUGUAUUUAUUUCACCUUUUUAUAUAUUUUCAGUAAUCAUAUUGUUAAUAUUGUUACUUUGUUUUUUUCUAUGCUAUUUUAUUCACUCAAAUGCUCACUUACACACACAAUCAUCCACAUACACACACACAUCCACAUACACACACAUGUACACAUG